UUGAUGACAUCACACACGUUGACGCCGGAUCGCGGAACGGUAUCCAGAUGAGGGCGCCCUAUAUAUUAGCUAAGGCCAUUAAUAUUACGCGUAUGGAUUGAAUUCUGAACAAAGCAAAGUACUCGUACGGAUUGAACAAAGCAGAGUAAGUCCGACCUGGGUCAAGUCUAGCACCGUGCCAGACUGCGUACCGGUACCUGAUAAUAUAAAUCUACUUCCGCCACCGGCUUACACGCAAUAUGCUACGUGUGGUUUUCAUUUGUUUCGAUAGUCUGGUGAAAUGGUGCCCUUUCUAAUGCAGUUGGUGGUCUUCGUAGCACUGUGCUCCUUCUCCAAAGCCAUCGAGUCCAAGUGCAAGGACUAUUAUGACGGUAUUGCCCACCACGUGGGCCUGUCCUGUCCAUUGGAGCCGUCGUCCAAUGCCAUCUACUGCUGCGAGUCCACCAAGGGGCACUUACAGUCGUGCUGUAUUGAAACUGAAUGGCUGAAUCAAAGGCCUAAUUCAGGCCUGGAUAAAAGUAUCGACGAUAGCAUCACACCAGUUUACCUGAGCCCCUAUUUGUAUUUGAGCGUUCCAGUUGCAUUGAUCCUUGUCGGUCUAAUUGUUGGUAUUGCGUCUAAAGUCGUUCGUUGUAAAACCUGUGCUGCCAACACGAACUCAACAAUAGCUACAACAUGUACCGUUUUAGAAGUCACAGGGCCCACCUGUACUCAUGGUCCGUACCAACUGAUCGACAACCCACCUAGCUACCCCGUUACACCCUCAACUAGGUUGGGCCGUCCGCAGUUGGAGUAUAAUGCAAGCAAAUGAUUUGCUUAAAAGGCUGGUAUUUCAACGCUAGGCCUACAGAUCUUAAGCCUCUUGGCUAAUACUGAACUGAAAUCAUAUUACAUCAAGACAGCUAGAAACAUUGCUUUAGGAAAAAUAGUGCAUUCGUCUGUUUUGAUGGAAUAAGUUCAGGUAUGUUUUAAAAAAUAGACUCAGACAAACGCAAUGUACACGCAUGUGUAUUAUAGUAAUGGUUUACACGGUAAAGUUGAUGAUUUUAGGAUGCACUCGACCUCACCUGAGAUUUCAUAUGAACAGUUUAUUUCAAAACGCGAUAUUUAUCCAUUUGAAAAAAGGUGGGAAAUUUGCACUGUUAUAAAACUUUGAAAAAUAAAAAGAAUAGAACCACUGAUUCUAAACUUCAUAUUUUUUUUUAACGUGUUCUCAGAUUGCGUUUAAGUAUACAACAGCAGUUGAAACUUACUUUAAGCAACCAGGAGAGGGCGGGAUUCUUAAAGGGAACAAAAUGGCGCUUAUCGCGUUUUUGGAAAUGGAGCCUCCAUAUUCAAUUUUCAUCGAAAUUGCACGAUGAGACAUCAAACGUUACUGUAAUAGGCUUUUAUGUUUUUCUACAUUUUUUCAAAGCUCGUUCCCCCCCCAAAAAAAAAACAACCAAUCGGCAGGAUUUUGGCCGUGUUGAGCAUGAACUUGAUUCGCGUUGGUAUGUUAAAAUUUGAACGCCCGUUGGUAUACCAAGAACUGUUCACGAGAUUGAGCUCUUCAAGAACACCAAAUCUGUAAAGGUUUAUACUCUCACAACGCUGGUUAAAAUGUUGUUGGUUAAAAUUGAACCAACGUUGUGUAAAAUUGUCCAAUUUUGCCCAACGUUUGCCCAACGUUGGGCAUAUUUUGCCCAACGUUGGAAAAAUUUGGCAAUUUCACACAACGUUGGUUAAAAUUUUAACCAACUUUUUUAACCAACACAAUUUUAAACAGCGUUUUCAGGUUUAAAUGGUUUAUUUUUUUUUAUUUAGAAAAUGUCAUUACAUUUUUGUACUCAGUUUUAAUUAAUCGCCUUGUUUGUGGUCAAAAGGUAAUUUUAAAACUUUAAAAAACCCAACAAUUUGUAGAAGACCUUGCUUAAUUGUCUUCAUUUACCUUUGAUGAAUUACCAGUCUCAGCUAAAUCACUGUUCUUGAAGUUCAUAUGUAAAUAAAACUAUAGAAAUACAGACUCUUCCUUUUCCAAAUGGACACUAAGAUCGUUAUUAAAUUUGAUGCAUUAGAUUUUGUUCUACAAACUGACAAAUUUCAUUAAUUAUAAUUGUUGCACUGAACCUGAGUACUUUUAUGAAAUGUGUUUAGACUUUUAUGUAUAUUUGAUUCUUUAUUUGAUAUAAACACACAUCUUUGUAACGAAAUUAAUCUGCAUGUUGUGAAAAGAAACUUUGGCGUCUCUAAAAAAAGGCUAGUUGUCUUUUUGUAAAUGCUAAAAUCUUUCUUACAGUCAUCUGAAAGAUAUGCUGGUUUAAAGUUUGAAAAGUUUACUUUAAGUUUCUCUUUUCGUCUAAAUUAAGUGAAAAGUGAACUCUUGUAACCAACCGAAUUCGCCAGCUGCGAAUUCAUUUGUGUAGGCUACUUACAAAUGUUUAAAUAGUUUGAAGUAACUUGUAAAGUCUUCUUAUGAAUGUAUAUAUAACUACCGCCCUUCUAGGAGCUCUCCUUAUUUGGGAUUAGGAAUUAGAGUUGGCAUAAGGCGAACACGUGAAUGCCUGUGCUUAGUUGAGCGUUAGGGCGUGGUGCAGCUCGAAAUUCAAGACAGUCACUCCUGUACUUGCCGUCCUGAGAGAAGGACCGACGUAGAGCGCUGUUCUUUCUCCGUUCUUUGCGUUUCCUGACUUCAGCCACAUCACCUUUUCUUCCAUUACAACUGUUGCUAUUACUUUGGUACCUCAUUAUGAAGCCUCGCCAAGCCGUAUCUGGCUUCUGACGGCUCCUGUUUGUGCAUAAGUACCUUCCGGUGAGCUCAAUUUCAAAGCGAAUUUUUCUAAUGUAAGUAUGUAUGUUUUAGUGACUGUAUUUAAGUAUUUUCAUAAUUAACAUUGCCAAUAUAAUUAUGAUGCCUCCAUAUUGCAUUAUUAUGGCUAAUUAAUAUCUUCAUUGCUGUAUGCCAAAUAACCUCAUUUUACAAAUAAAGUUGGUUAUUUAAGGUGUCGUUAUUUUUUGUAUAGUGCAAACUGUAGAUAAUUUUCUUAUGAAAAAUAACAAAUGUUCACACGUACUUGUAUAGAUUAGUGUCAAUGAUAAUUUCAUUUCUGUAAUCCAUAUCUGUGGCAAUUGCUGUGGUAGCUGUUACUUGAGACGAUACCUACCAGUCAAUCACUCCCUGGCAGGUACAUAAUCGCUAAUUGUUCAUAUUUGCAGAAAAUUAUAAGAUUGGCAUUGCGUAUUUUCCGGGUAUUUUACCUCACAUUAACUCUACAUUAGGUUUUUUGAAGAAGGCUUCUUCAAUUUAAAAUUUCCUGUUUAUUGAUACAUAAUACAUUUUUGUUUGGACAUAAUAUGUUUUAUGUUUGGACAAUAUGCUGAUUUUAAUAUUUCAAGUGCCUCGCAUGUUCAUGUUCUGUUGUCAUAUUGAAAUCAUGCAACUUUACGAAUUGAUCAACAUGACCGCUUUGAUAUCAUUUUGCAAUUGUUAUAUUGUACAUAAUAUUGCCGCCUUACUUUCCUACUCAGAGCAAGUGAUAUCAAUGUUUUGUAAUUAUAAACAGACUUCCUUGAUAUCUGGUAGCCUUGUUGUUCCCCUCGUAGCCUAAUAUACCCCUCGUAGCCUUGUUUUUCUCCUGGUAAUUUCCCCAUAUAUUUAGUCAGCAAAAUAUCUGGAUCACCGCUAACCACCAGUGGUAGUGUGGAAAAUAAAUUGCCCGGAUGAAUAUUUA